AUGACCGUUUCCGAGAAGCCAUCUGCGGCCUCUGCUUCCGUGGAGGUUCUGGAAGGGGGAACUGAAAAACCAGGGGCUGAGACAGAAUGUGGCCCUGCUCUGUCUCCGCCUUUGGUUGGCUCCACGCUAAUGCCUGCGGCCACUGUGGCCCCUGCUCCCGUGGAGGACAUGCCCGUUUCCGAGAAGCCAUCUGCGGCCCCUGCUUUGGUGGAGGUUCUGGAAGGGGGAACUGAAAAACCAGGGGCUGAGACAGAAUGUGGCCCUGCUCUGUCUCCGCCUUUGGUUGGCUCCACGCUAAUGCCUGCGGCCACUGUGGCCCCUGCUCCAGCGGAGGACAUGCCCGUUUCCGAGAAGCCAUCUGCGGCCCCUGCUUUGGUGGAGGUUCUGGAAGGGGGAACUGACAAACCAGAGGCUGAGAUAGAAUGUGGCCCUGCUUGUCUCCGCCUUUGGUUUCUGAUGGUGUUACAAUUAGUUGCAAUCCUAUUUUGGGAUCACGGAACCCACCCGUAG